CCAAAAACCCACAUUCUUCUUCUAUUUUUUUAUCAGACCAACCACCCGGCCAAUCCUCCCUCCUUCCAGACACAUUAUAAAUUAAACGUAAAUAUCAAAAAAUAAAAGGAAAGGGGAAAAAAUGCGAUUUUGUGGGAUGCGGGUAGCCCAAAACCCGAAUCUCUCAAUUCUUAACCAGGAAACGGCCACGGUGCGGAAACCAGUAUACAAGUACAAGUUGCGUGAAGUGGAAAAUAACGUGAGAUGUGCUUCGAGUAGUUCCACAGGAGCAGGAGGGUCGUCAGGGUGUAAAUUAAAAGUAAAAGUGGGAAAGAGAUGGAAGGAAUAUGCUGGGUUGGGGAACUGGGAAGGCCUCCUUGAUCCCCUCGACGAUAAUCUUCGCAACGAGAUUCUUCGGUACGGCCAGUUUGUGGACGCCGCUUACAAGUCCUUCGACUUCGAUCCUUCCUCACCCUCCUACGCCACCUGCCUCCACCCCAAGGCCUCCUUGUUGGACAGCUCCGGCCUUCCCUCCACUGGCUAUCGUGUCUCCAAGCACUUGAGAGCAACCUCCGGAAUUCGCCUCCCCCGCUGGCUCCACAACGCUCCCUCCAUCUCCGCCAACUCCAGCUGGAUUGGCUACGUCGCUGUCUCCCAGGACAAGCAUGAAAUCUCUCGCCUAGGCCGUCGCGAUGUGGUCAUUGCUUUCAGAGGCACCGCCACGUGCUUGGAGUGGUUGGAGAAUUUGAGAGCCACUCUUACCACGCUUCCUGGCGACUCCCCUGGGGUGAUGGUGGAAAGUGGUUUCCUGAGUCUGUACACCUCAGGGACGGAGUCGUGCCCGAGCUUGAGGGAGAUGGUGCGGGAGGAAAUAGGAAGGCUCCUGCAAUCCUAUGGGGAUGAGCCAUUGAGCCUGACGAUCACGGGGCACAGUCUGGGGGCGGCAUUGGCGACGCUUGCGGCAUACGACAUAAAAGAGUACUUCAAAAGAAGUGCGCCGGUGGUGACAGUGAUGUCGUUCGGUGGGCCACGGGUGGGUAACAGGAAAUUCAGGCAGCGGCUGGAGAAGCAAGGGACAAAGGUGCUGCGAAUUGUUAACUCGGAGGAUGUGAUCACGAAACUUCCUGGUUUCGUGGUGGAGGAAGGUGGCGGUGUGAGGUGGAUUCAGAAGUGUGUAGAGGAGACCCAGUGGGCGUACUCAGAGGUGGGACGAGAGCUGCGACUCAGCAGUAGAGACUCGCCCCACCUCAACCGCAUAAACGUCGCCACGUGUCACCACCUCAACACAUACCUCCACUUAGUUGACGGAUUUGUUAGCUCUACCUGUCCUUUCAGAGCAACUGCUCGCAGAAUCCUACCAUAAAACACAUGAGAUUCCUCACUAAACUCAACUAACUCAUAUUAA